GCUUGCCUUAGACCCAAAAAGUCGACGGCAAGUGUCAGGCACAAAAGCCCACCUAUUUGUCUAUUUAGAAUAAUAAAUGAUCAGAUACACAAAUCUAAAGCCUAGACCUAAAAGGUUGUAGUGCCAUUGGUAUGGUAUAGAUGCGAAUUAACAAUUAAUUAAGCGUUUAUACCUGUUAAAGAAAUUCUUUUUAAUAUCAUCAAAAUCUUAUAAACGCUGAAAUAGUGAACAAUUCUGAUUACGUCGAUUGAAGAUCUGAAAUUGUGUUUCAUAACUCUUUUUAUCACUUACAUACAUGUCAGCAAAUAUUUCACAUAUUGCCACUUCAGCAAAUGUGAUAAGUAUUUAAGAACAAUAUUUUUUGGUUUAGGCAUCAGUCCUAAAGUGUUCAGGGAAAACAAUUGACAAUCAAACAAAAGCACAAUGUCUCUGAAAUUAUUCGUAAUUAGUUUCGUCAUAGUUGCUGCGGUCGCCACCGCAGAAGAUAAAGUGGAAAUUCUAACUGAAAGAUCCUUUGUUAGAGAAAACGGAUAUGAUUUCGAAUUUAAAACAAGUGACGGUGUGUCGCGUAAGGAACAAGCCCAGCUUAUAACAGUUGGUGACCACCAAGGCAUUGGAAUCCAGGGCUCCUACUCCUACCCAGCUCCAGACGGUCUGACAUACGAAGUCACCUUCACAGCUGACGAUAAAGGCUACAAGCCUCAAAUACGUGUUCUUCCUACUGGUUCCCAAUAAAUAAUGUAUUUUUUCUUAAAGAAAUUAAUAUUAUGUGCCAAAUAUU